ACCCCCAGGUACUUCUUCCUGCUCAACCUCUCCCUCACAGACCUGGGCUGCAUCUGCACCACUGUCCCCAAAGCCAUGCACAAUUCCCUCUGGGACACCACAACCAUCUCCUACAUGGGAUGUGCUGCACAGCUCUUUUUCUUUGCCUUCUUCAUCUCAGCAGAGUUUUCCCUCCUCACCAUCAUGUGCUACGACCGCUACGUUGCCAUCUGCAAACCCCUGCACUACGGGACCCUCCUGGGCAGCAGAGCUUGUGCCCACAUGGCAGCAGCUGCCUGGGCCACUGCGUUUCUCAAUGCUCUGCUGCACAUCUUCAAGGCUGUGCUGAGGAUCCCCUCUGAGAAGGGACGGCACAAAGCCUUUUCCACGUGCCUCCCUCACCUGGCCGUGGUCUCUCUGUUUAUUACCACCUCAUUCUUUGUCUACCUGAAGCCCCCUUCCACCUCCUCCCCAUCCGUUGAUCUAGUGGUGUCAGUUCUUUACUCAGUGGUACCUCCAGUACUGAACCCCCUCAUCUACAGCCUGAGGAACCAGGAGCUCAAGGAUGCUCUGAGGAAACUGAUAACUGGGUGUUUUUCAGAAGCAAUAAACUCGCCUUCUAAUGCAUGUUAUGUACCUCAUUAA